AUGCUCUCAUCCCCGGCCCCCUUCCCACUCGGACACCUGCUGCCCGGGCCCGGCGUCCGAGGCAGGGCCUCCCUCCGCCAGGAGGGCUUCCCAACCCGCGUCCCACCUGCGCGGCCGCCCCCCGCCGGCGAGGGCGGGGUGAGGAGGUGCUCCCCGCACCCAGCCUCGGGGGCCGCCCCCGGGCUCCCCGCCCCCGCGAGGUCCGCGCCCCCGGCCGCCCCGGCACCCCUCUCCUCCCCCGGCGGGCUCGGCGGAGCUUUGUACUCACAUCCGGGGCUGGGUUUUGCUUUAAUGCGAAACGUAAUUAACCCGGAAAAAAGAGCCGAGAGACGAGAGAGAAGGAGUGGGUGA